AGAAAAAAAAAUUCCGCAAGAAUGGAUGCUAUUCUGAUGUUGGCCUCGACUCCUUUCGAUCAUCAAAAACAAUAUCCGAAUGUCUAUUUGAGCGGCAUCAUGUAUUUCAUGCAAAAAUUUGUGCCAAAUUACACCCAAGAGCAGACAGAAUCUCUGGAACUGAUUGUGAAAAAUUUGAAGGAAGCUUAUAAAGUUGACCUUGAGAAGAAAGAUGAAGAAAUUGUCCAAUUGAAAGCUCAGCUCCAAGCUGUUCACUGUCAGAAUGAAAAUGUGGCCUAUUCUAGCCCCACAAUCAGCGAUGAUCAGUCGAUUGGUUCUGACGAAGGUAGUAGUAUGACAGAUGAAAAUGUCCGUCUUCUUCAGGAAAAGGACCAAACAAUCGAAAUUCUUAAAAAGCAAUUGGAGAAGCUCAAGUUGGACAAUGAGUCGUAUGAAAAGUCAUUCUUUAUUGUGAACGACAUGUAUGCAACUGCAGAGAUUGAACAGAUGAAAAAGAAGCUCAACAAAAUGAACGUCAAACAUAGAGCCCUGUGUGAUUAUUAUCGAUGCAGGCUCGACUGCAAAACCAUCUAUUCGAAUGAAGAGAAGGAGUGUCUGGAAAGAGAGAUGGAAGAGCAGAAGAGAAUCAGUAAUGAGCUCAAAAAGAAGCUGGAUGCAGCGUUGGAGCAUAUCGAUGUAUUAAAUGCUGAAAUUGAGGAUCUCAAACAACGGCCAAAAGUGGACUUCUGA